CUUCUCGCGUGUUUAUCCAGAGACCAGUGCUGAAUGUCUGUCCUUGAUUAAUUACAGUCGUUCACUUUGGGCUCCUCUUUCGGUCUCGGAAGAAUUCUCUCGCGGCGACAAAUCGCGCAGGGAUUCUAUCGUUUACCGGCAUGAUACCACGUGCCAUCUCACUACCGUCGAGCGUAUCCACGCAGAGAUAUUCAAAUCGACUCUUGCUAUAAUUAGCAUUUGAUUUUACAAGUCACGAAUACCAUACGUUGCAGUCGGUGUAAAUAUUCCACUGAGUUCGCGUCGCCAGUGAACGCGAGAUGAGUGCUUUCACGACGUUAUCGAAGUUCUCGUCCAGCUUUGCGGCCACGGCAGCAGGAGCGAGAUGUUAUUCAAAAAUCGGCUUCGUCGGGCUGGGCAACAUGGGCGGUCACAUGGCGAAAAACCUGUUGACGAAGGGUUACAAGCUUACCGUAUACGACGUGAACAAAUCGGCAGUGGCGAGUCUGGUAGAAGCGGGUGCAACCGGUGCGCCGAGCGCCGCCGAGAUGUCAAAGGAAGUCGAGGCCAUUGUUUCGAUGUUACCUUCAAAUCAACACGUUCUCGAUGUCUACAACGGCGAGCACGGUGUACUGAGUGCAGCGAAAAAGAACGCAUUAUUAAUCGACAGCAGCACUGUGGAUCCAUCGGUGUCGCAAUCGGUCGCCACGGAAGCCCGACGACGUAAUCUGAGAUUUAUCGACAGUCCCGUGUCAGGAGGUAUAAAUGCGGCUAAAGAUGGCACCUUGACAUUCAUGACGGGUGGCGCGAAGAUGGACUUCGAAGCCGCGAAGCCCUUGCUUGAAGCUAUGGGAUCCAGGAUAGUGCAUUGCGGCGACGUAGGUAUGGGUCAAGCGGCCAAGUUGUGCAACAACAUGCUAUUGGCUAUCAGUAUGAUCGGCACCGCCGAAGCGUUCAACCUUGGACAAAAACUGGGCUUGGACGCGAAGUUAUUAGCUGACAUUGUGAAUUCCAGUUCGGGUAGAUGCUGGUCCUCCGACCUCUACAAUCCGGUCCCGGGGAUAUUGCCUGAUGUUCCCAGUUCAAAAAACUACGAGGGUGGCUUCGACACGACUUUAAUGGCCAAAGAUCUAGGACUAGCGCAGUCUGCUGCCACGAGGACGCAGACUCCGAUUCCUCUCGGCUCCCUGGCGCAUCAAAUUUACCGGACGGUCAUCGCGCAAGGAUUCUCGAACAAGGACUUUAGCGUAGUUUACCAGUUCCUUAAAGGCAGUUAAGAUACAAGUUGAGGAUCUGAAACUUAAGCUUGCUAAAGACAUGCGUUCUGUCUGCGAAGAAACAAGUGAAUUUUAUAUCGGACAAGUUUCCACAAAAUAAAUUCUUAUUUUAUUUCUU